AGUCUACUAAGAUAUACACCAUGCGUGUCAGUGGUGUGCGUUUGUUGUUUUGCCUUCUCCUCCUCGGGCAAUCCACAUUCCAACAGACCUCAUCUAAGAAAAAGGGCGGAAAGAAAGAUGCUGAAAAUAAUGCUGCCAUUGAGGAGCUGAAGAAACAGAUUGAUAACAUAGUGCUGGAGUUGAAUCUAUUGAAAGAGCAGCAAGCCUUGCAAUCAGUUUGCCUGAAAGGCAUCAAGAUUAUUGGCAAGUGUUUCCUGGCUGACACCGCUAAGAAGAUCUACCACACAGCCUACGAUGACUGCAUUGCUAAAGGGGGCACAAUCAGCACCCCUUUGACAGGGGAUGAGAACGAUCAGCUCGUCGACUACGUCCGCCGGAGCAUUGGCCCUGAGGAACACAUUUGGCUGGGCAUCAAUGACAUGGUGACCGAGGGGGAAUGGCUCGACCAGGCGGGCACCAACCUGCGCUUUAAGAACUGGGAGACUGACAUUACCAACCAACCAGACGGUGGACGUACCCACAACUGUGCCAUCCUUUCCACCACUGCCAAUGGAAAGUGGUUUGAUGAGAGCUGUCGUGUUGAGAAGGCGUCUGUUUGCGAGUUCAAUAUCGUCUGAGAGCCAACCACUUUUGUUCAGUUGUAUCAGUCUUAACAUCUACACUAUAUGGAAAUAUAAUGCAUGCACAAUAAUCUUUGUAAUAUCUGGAUUAUAACCUGUCUCAGCACUGAAAUGUGGAAAUGUGGAACCAACAUGAUUAAAAGAAACCUAUAUUAC